AGAACAUUUCCACUGCUGCUCUGAGGACAUACACAGUGGGAUUUGGAAUUCCUGGAGAAUUGCCUUUGUGAGAAGCUGAAAAUAAUUUGUUUAAAUUCCAUCUCUUCGUUUUCCGUAGGAACAUUGAGAAACCAUGAACAACUUUAGUAAUGAAGAGUUUGACUGCCACUUCCUCGAUGAAGGCUUUACUGCCAAGGACAUUCUGGACCAAAAAAUUAAUGAAGUUUCUUCUUCUGACGAUAAGGAUGCCUUCUAUGUCGCAGACCUUGGAGACGUUCUAAAGAAACAUCUAAGAUGGUUAAAAGCUCUUCCUCGUGUCACCCCCUUCUAUGCAGUCAAAUGUAAUGAUAGCAGAGCCAUAGUGAAAACCCUAGCUGCUGUCGGGACAGGAUUUGACUGUGCUAGCAAGACUGAAAUACAAUUGGUGCAGAGUCUUGGGGUGCCCCCAGAGAGGAUUAUCUAUGCAAAUCCUUGUAAACAAGUGUCUCAAAUUAAGUACGCUGCCAGUAACGGAGUCCAGAUGAUGACUUUUGAUAGUGAAGUUGAGUUGAUGAAAGUUGCCAGAGCACAUCCAAAGGCAAAGCUGGUUUUGCGGAUUGCCACUGAUGAUUCCAAAGCAGUCUGUCGCCUCAGUGUUAAAUUUGGUGCCACACUCAAAGCCAGCAGGCUUCUUUUGGAACGGGCAAAAGAGCUGAAUAUUGAUGUCAUUGGUGUCAGCUUCCACGUGGGAAGUGGCUGUACUGAUCCUGAGACUUUCGUGCAGGCAGUCUCUGAUGCCCGCUGUGUCUUUGACAUGGGAGCUGAGGUUGGUUUCAGCAUGUAUCUGCUUGAUAUUGGUGGUGGCUUUCCUGGAUCUGAAGAUGUGAAGCUUAAAUUUGAAGAGAUCACCAGUGUAAUCAACCCAGCAUUGGACAAGUAUUUUCCGUCAGACUCUGGAGUGAGAAUCAUAGCUGAGCCAGGCAGAUAUUAUGUUGCAUCAGCUUUCACACUUGCAGUUAAUAUCAUUGCCAAAAAACUUGUAUUAAAGGAACAGACAGGUUCUGAUGAUGAAGAUGAGUCAAGUGAACAAACCUUUAUGUAUUAUGUGAAUGAUGGAGUAUAUGGAUCGUUUAAUUGCAUCCUUUAUGAUCAUGCACAUGUAAAGCCCCUUCUGCAAAAGAGACCCAAACCAGAUGAGAAGUAUUAUUCAUCUAGCAUAUGGGGACCAACAUGUGAUGGCCUCGAUCGGAUAGUUGAGCGCUGUGACCUGCCCGAAAUGCAUGUGGGCGACUGGAUGCUCUUUGAAAACAUGGGUGCCUACACUGUUGCUGCUGCUUCUACUUUCAAUGGAUUCCAGAGGCCAACCAUCUACUAUGUGAUGUCAAGACCAGCAUGGCAACUCAUGCAGCAGAUCCAGAACCAUGACUUCCCACCCGAAGUAGAGGAGCAGGACGUCAGCACUCUGCCUGUGUCUUGUGCUUGGGAAAGUGGAAUGAAACGUCACCCAGCAACAUGUGCUUCUGCUAGUAUUAAUGUGUAGAUACCAUUCUUGUAGCUAUUAACUGCGAAUUUAGCUUGAAUUAAAGGCUUUGGGGGGACCAUUUAACUUAAUUACUGCUAGUUUUGAAAUGUCUUUGUGGAGUAGGGUUGGCACAGGUGCAGCAGCGUGGAAGACUAGGAGAUGUGUUCCUAUGGAAUCUAUUUGAAUAUUUGUUUUAUAUGGAUUUUUAUUCACUUUUCAAACAUGCUACUUAAGGAGUGCCCCUCAGCUGCUGAGCAAGCAUUUGUAGCUUGUACAAUGGCAGAAUGGGCCAAAAGCUUAGCGUUGUGACCUGUUUUAAAAAUAAAGUAUCUUGAAAUAAU